GGGGGAGCAGGGAGAGAGACCGAGCUGGAGACGGGGGAGGAGGAGAAGAGCGGCUCGUGCACGCGCCCCACUCGCUGCGGGUGCGCGAGCAGCGCGCUCCCGCCGUCCGUGUCGCCAUCUUUUUCCCCCUCCGUCUGUCUGUCUACCUUUGGCUUUGUCCGUCCGCAGCACCGCCCCCCGGUUCCCCGCCGCAAGCUUGGCCCGCAGCCGCCCUCCGCCCGCGGGGGCCAAUUCCCGGAGAGCCCCGGCCCGGCCGGCUCUCGCUGCGGCCCGGGGCCCAUUGUCCGGCGGUCCGUCUGUCCGGAGGCGGGGCCCAGGGAGCCGGAGCGCCGCGGAGCGCUGAGGCGCCGGAUACAAAUCACUUGGAUUCAGUCGAGUUUACUUUGCUCCGUGGGAACUGCACCAGAGCUGGAGGUCUGAAAAAGAACUGUGUUUGAUAUGCAGAUAUGAUAGAAGACUGCCUGAAAGCUGCUUCCUUUGCCACUUCCUGUGGAGGCCUGUCUUUGCCAUUUGCGGUUUCUUUCUUCUUUUGGUUAGCACCUUACAAGGAGGUAGUAACAUAUCCAGUUGCGAAACUGGGAAAGGCCAGAGCUCUCAGAUCAGGGAAACAUGUCCCGUCGGAAACAGACAAAUCCAAAUAAAGUUCACUGGGAUCAAGUAUUUGCUGGGCUAGAAGAGCAAGCCCGCCAGGCGAUAAUGAAAACUGAUUUUCCUGGAGACCUUGGCAGUCAGCGACAAGCUAUCCAACAACUAAGAGAUCAGGACUCCAGUAGCAGUGACAGUGAGGGUGAUGAAGAGGAGACCACACAAGAUGAAGUCUCUUCCCACACAUCAGAGGAAGAUGGAGGGGUGGUCAAAGUGGAAAAAGAGUUAGAAAAUGCAGAGCAGCCUGUUGGUGGGAACGAAGUGGUAGAGCAUGAGGUCAGAGAGAAUUUGAAUUCUGACCCUUUGCUUGAACUCUGCCAGUGUCCCCUCUGCCAGCUAGACUGUGGAAGUCGGGAGCAGCUGAUCGCUCACGUAUACCAGCACACUGCAGCAGUGGUGAGCGCCAAGAGCUACAUGUGUCCUGUGUGUGGCCGGGCCCUUAGCUCCCCAGGGUCCUUGGGUCGCCACCUCCUAAUCCAUUCGGAGGACCAGCGGUCUAACUGUGCUGUGUGUGGAGCCCGUUUCACCAGCCAUGCCACUUUUAACAGUGAGAAACUUCCUGAAGUACUUAAUAUGGAAUCCCUAGCCCCAGCCCACAGUGAGGGCCCCUCCAAUGCUGAGGGGAAGGACACUGCCUUUAGUCCUCCGGUGUACCCUGCUGGAAUUCUGCUUGUGUGCAACAACUGUGCUGCCUACCGUAAGCUCCUGGAAGCCCAGACCCCCAGCGUGCGCAAGUGGGCCCUCCGUCGACAGAAUGAGCCUUUGGAGGUACGGCUUCAGAGACUGGAACGAGAGCGCACGGCCAAGAAGAGCCGGCGGGACAAUGAGACCCCUGAGGAACGGGAGGUGAGACGCAUGAGGGACCGCGAAGCCAAGCGCCUGCAGCGCAUGCAGGAGACAGAUGAGCAGCGGGCGCGCCGACUGCAGCGGGAUCGCGAGGCCAUGAGGCUGAAGCGGGCCAAUGAAACCCCGGAGAAGCGGCAGGCCCGGCUCAUCCGAGAGCGAGAGGCCAAACGGCUCAAGAGGCGGCUGGAGAAAAUGGACAUGAUGUUGCGAGCUCAGUUUGGCCAGGACCCUUCCGCCAUGGCAGCCUUAGCAGCUGAAAUGAACUUUUUCCAGCUACCUGUGAGUGGCGUAGAGUUGGACAGCCAACUUCUGGGCAAGAUGGCCUUUGAAGAGCAGAACAGCAGCACUCUGCACUGAAUCACACCCUCCUGCCUGCCCUCCUACCCACCCACCCACCCAAGCCCAUGGGAUCAGUGCUCCAGCCACCCACAAGGUCCAGUCUUUGCUGCCAUAGGCAGGCCCAGGUUUGUUGCAGGUGGACCUGUGCACCCCUUGCAUGUGGGAGCAGGAUGAUGGGGUCGGGGGACCCAGCUCAAGGCAGCUGUGGAGAUGGCAGCAGGCAUUCCAGAGAACUGGACUCCCCAGCCCACUGCUGCAGGCCGUUCUUAUAGGACUGUGGGGCCCCAGUGUGGCCCAUGAAGUUGUGGGGGCAAAUAAAUUAAUUUUAUCUUUA